CAGUUAGUUGUGAUUCUGGUGUUCGUGCAAGAGGGAGUGAGAGCACGUCCUUCUACUCCACCGUCUUGAACCAACCUUGAGUCAUUAACUGUUUGCACUGCUUUGAGUGAAUUGACAACAGGAAGACCUGAUGGACCCACCACUAAUACCCCUGACUCAUGUGAAUUGAGAGGCAGAGAUAAAAGUAUGACGGAACAGCUGUCCAAGAUCGAUGAUGGUGAAGACAUUGACCUUCUCAAUUCACAUUACAGCAAGAUUAAGAGAAUUGUGUACUUGAUUGUAUCAUCCUUCACUUUCAGAAUAUUUGGAAUUUUGCUGACCUUUGUGGAUGUGUCCCUCAUCAUUACAGACAUAGUUGUCUCUGAUAGCACGAUGUAUAUUCCUGUGGAAUAUCGUUCAGUUUCUUUAGCUAUUGCUUUAUUUUUUUUCAUGGAUGUUUUCCUUCGAGUAUUUAUAGAAGGGAUACGACGGUAUUUUUCUGAUAUAUUUAACUCCUUAGAUGCUGCCAUUAUUGUGGUGACUCUACUGGUCAAUAUUGCUUGUAUUUUCUAUGACUUUAAGGUUCUUAAAGAUUUCCCCAAGUCGACAAUUAUUUUACGACCUCUACGACUUAUCACUCUAAUAAGAGUUUUUCAUCUGGCUCAUCAAAAAAGACAUCUUGAAAUGCUGACCAGGAGGAUGGUUUCAGGAAACAAACGGCGAUACAAGAAGGAUGGAUUUGAGUUAGACCUCACUUACAUUACUGAGCGUAUUAUUGCCAUGUCAUUCCCAUCUUCUGGAAAGCAGUCUUUCUAUAGGAAUCCCAUUAAGGAAGUUGUACGGUUCCUGGAUACCAAGCAUCAAAACCACUACCGAGUCUACAAUCUAUGCAGUGAAAGAGCUUAUGAUGCUAAGUACUUCCAUGAUAGGGUCCGUCGAUACAUGAUUGACGAUCACAAUGUCCCCUCUUUGAGUGAGAUGGUGGCAUUCUCCAAGGAAGUAAAAGAGUGGCUGGCUCAAGAUGAGGAAAACAUCACAGUGAUUCACUGUAAGGGGGGCAAAGGAAGAACUGGAACUAUGAUCUGUGCCUACCUUCUUGCCAGUGAAAUAUUUGCAACCGCAGAGGACAGCCUUUAUUAUUUUGGAGAACGACGAACAGAUAAAUCCACCAGCAGUAAAUUUCAGGGAAUAGAAACUCCUUCUCAGAAUAGAUUUGUUGGAUAUUUUGCAAUGGUGAAAAAUACCUACAAUUUGACUCUUCCUCCAGUGAAAAAACUCACGAUGGAAAAAAUCAUUAUUUAUUCAAUUCAAGGUGUUGGAAAAGGCAAUGGAAAUGACCUAAAAGUACAAAUAAUAAUGCAACGAAAGCCUGUCUUUUUCUGUUCUGCUUCCAAAAACUGUGGGAUAGUUCAUGAUGCUGAAACAGACAGAGUAAUAAUUAAUCUAUCCAACUGUCCACCUCUGUAUGAUGAGGUGAAAGUGAAAUUUCUCUCUUCUUCGGAUCUUCCUAAAUACUAUGACGACUGUCCAUUUUUCUUUUGGUUCCAUACAUCUUUUAUACAAAAUAACAGGCUUUAUCUUUCAAGAAGUGAAUUGGAUAAUCCCCACAAACCAAAAGCAUGGAAAAUUUACCGUCCAGAGUUCGCAGUCGAGGUAUAUUUUGAUGACGUUAAGUUGUAGCUGGUAUCUAAGUGUAGUUCCCCUUCUAGGCUAGAAUCAUGUUCUUCCCAAUCCUUGCUACCUAUUUAUAUCUUUUAAACCUAUUUCCUUGCUGAUAUAUUUACAUAUAUAUACAUAUGUC